AUGCUUGUCAAGUCGAGUCUCGCAUUUGCUGCCCUCGCGGCCCAUGUCUUUGCAGCGCCUGCGCCGCAGCCCUAUGGAGACGACUCCUACGAUUAUAUCGUCGUCGGUGGCGGUACAGCCGGUGUAGCCGUGGCUGCGCGCCUGAGCGAGGGCCUCCCUGACUCGAAGAUUCUCUUAAUCGAGGCAGGCCCCGAGGCCUGGGACGAGCCCAAGAUCAAUGUCCCUGGCAUGAAGGGCUCGACGCUGGCGACCAAAUAUGACUGGAACUUCACCACCGUGGCGCAGACCAACGUCAACAACCGUGUCUUCUCCGUGAACCGCGGCAAGGUUCUUGGUGGCAGCUCUGCCCUCAACCUCAUGUCCUAUGACCGGUCUGCCGCUGAGGAGUAUGACAGCUGGGAAGCACUUGGUAAUGCGGGGUGGAACUGGGAGACCAUGAUUGCCGCCAUGAAGAAGUCGGAGAACUUCACUGGUAUCAACACUGACACUUACGGCUCCGAGGGCGUUGGUGACAGCGGUCCGGUCAAGGCAGUCAUCAACCGGAUUAUUCCCGAGCACCAGGAGACAUGGAUCCCGACGAUGAACACCCUGGGCAUCAAAACCAACCUUGAGUCUCUAGGUGGUAACCCCUUGGGCGUCAUGUAUCAGCCCAGCAGCAUUGAUGCUACCCACUACAACCGCUCGUACAGCGCCAACGCCUACGUCCCCAUUGCUGGCUCCAACUUGGAGAUCCUGUCCGACACCACUGUUGUAAAGGUCAACCUCGACCAGGUUGGGGACGAGCAGCAGGCCACUGGAGUUACUCUGCAGGAUGGUACUGUCAUUGCAGCUAACAAGGAGGUCAUUCUGUCUGCUGGUUCCAUCCAGAGCCCCGGUCUUCUGGAACUGUCCGGAAUCGGCCAGGCCUCCGUCCUCAACUCAUCCGGCAUCGCCCAGGUCAUUGACCUCCCCGGUGUCGGCGAGAACCUGCAGGACCACCUCCGUAUCCAAAGCUCUUACCAGCUGAAGCCCGAGUACACCUCCUUCGACAUCCUGCGCAGCAACACCACCUACGCCGCCGAGCAGCUGGCCCUCUGGAACGCCGGUGAAGUCUCCCUGUACGACUACACCGGCAGUGGCUACACCUUCACCACCUGGGCGCAAGCCCUCGGCAACGACUCCCAAAUGGUCGCCCUUGCCAAGGAAGCCGCCGGUGAGGACCCCAGCAAGGUCGACGCGAAGAAGCUCGAGUUCAUGACCAACCCGGCCAUCCCCCAGCUGGAGGUCAUCUUCUCCGAUGGUUACACUGGCGUCAAGGGCUACCCGGCCUCCACCUCCCCCCUCUUCGGCAAGGGUUUCUUCACCCUCAUCGCAGCGAUCAUGCACCCUAUGAGCCGCGGCAACAUCCACAUCAACCCCGCCGACACCACCGGCAAGCCCAUCAUCAACCCCAACUACUUUGCGCACGAGCACGAUCUCGAGGCGGCCAUUCAGGCCAUCAAGUACUGCCGCAAGAUCGCCACCACCGAGCCCAUGGCCUCCAUCUGGGAGAGCGAGUACGAGCCCGGUCUGGAUGUCGUCCAGACCGACGAGCAGUGGAAGGAGUUUGCUCUCAACACCACGCUGAGCAUCUUCCACCCCGUCGGCACGUGCUCGAUGCUGCCCAAGGAGGACGGAGGUGUUGUUGACGCCAACCUGAAGGUCUAUGGUACUUCAAACUUGCGCGUCGUAGAUGCCAGUGUUAUUCCCCUACUGGUUUCUGCCCAUGUUCAGACUGCUGUGUACGGCAUUGCUGAGAUUGCGGCUGAGCGUAUUAUCGCUGAUGCCAAGCAGUAG